UGCUACUGUACCGAUAAGAUCAAAUAUUACUACCAAUACUGAUAACGAUCUGACAUGAAAAGUCGUAAAAAAAAUGUUGGAACGUAUUAACAAAAAUUGUUUAUCGGACUGCAAGUGCGGGCUCUGCAGAGAACUCAAGAGUUCGGAUCUGCCGGAAAUCUCGAAGGCCUUCAGACCAAUGGACAGCACAAAUUUUAUUUUACGCCGGGCUCUGCCCUUUGUUAAACGGGUGCCUUCAAAGGAGUGGCAGGAAGCGACAAAGUUUGAUGACUACGAGAGCAUGUCGACUUUGGAGGACAAAACAAAACUACGCAGUCCCAGUUCCAGUCCUGGUACCGAUCCAGGCAGAGGUUUGACAUCUAGCUCGAGGUGUUGUUCGAUGAACGAAAUAAAAAUGGACUUUAAAAUAAAACCGACACGUCCAGCUCCACCUAGACCCGGCUCAGAUGUGACUGAUAAUAAAGUUGUGAUUUAUUGUGGUGACGAUGAGAGACAGAUCAGCAGGAGUCAGUCCUGCUGGUCGUUGAGGGAAGAUAGUAAUUGUGGGGAAGAGACACGGGAAAUUGUCGUUCGCGUUACUCCGAGCAGGGAAGAUGUUCUGAAGAUCGAAGAAGAUGAAACGAAGAUCGAAGACUACUGGUCACUGCCCGGUGACACUACGGGUUUCAAGGCUGACUGGAGUUUCGUUCAACAGUGGAGGUUGCGAGGACCCAGCGGCGCUAAAGAUGUCUACUGUCCCCCCUAUGGAAAAGACAGCCCAGAGUCACCACGAGCUGAGCUAGACGUUCACCCUCACCAGCAUCAUCAUCUGAGCAUAAAUGAGCUCCAGAGAAGACCAGAGUGCGCGGGAAGCUCGUCUGACGAGAACCGGUCUUCAGGUCACGCAAGCAUGUCCGACACCGGAGGGCACAGCAGCAGCUCUCCGCCCCACCGACACAGGAGCAACAGCCCCCAGCAGCUGAACUCGGUCCCAGAGGACGACAGAUUUUCAGCUUCAGUGACCCAGAGGAAUGGACGGAACCGUGGGCAGAGUCGUAACCGGCACCGAGCAACUCCCGCCAAAUUACAAGUGCCCUGGUCUGGUUCCGGGCUAGAGGACAUAAAACUAGCAAUCCAACAGCUGACAAUGCGUUCCCACACAUCGACCUCCACUUACUCAUCACUCAGCGGGUCUGAGAGCUCGGAACCCGCCGUCAGACGGUUGAUGCGUCACUCGAGCCUGGAGACCAUCAACACCAACGUCACCAGCGCCGACGAAUUCGUCUGGGUGGACUCCCACAACCGGCUGGUGGAGCUUCAGCACCUGCCCUGGACACACCACGACGUUCUCAGGGUACUACAGAAUGGGCGAACCCGUGAGCACAUGGACCAGGUCUCCAUGGAAACGAUUCCGCGGCUGAGUUACCUGCUGCAACGAGCCCUGGUCCGGGUGGGCAGGGAAAUUCAACGGCUAUCACGGACCUUAGGCCUCUGCAGCAAACACGAGGUCUACAGCGCACUGAAGAUCGUCUUCUGCCCAGCACUGGCUGACUCCUGCACCAAAGCCUGUUUAAGGGCAGCUGCCAUGUGCGCGGUGUCUGGAGAUCAGCUGAAGCAGUCCAAGUCCUCGAGGUCUGGACUGCAGCUGCCCGUGGGUCGGUUCCUGCGCUGGAUGUCGGAUGUCAAGCUGGGCAGAAUGAUCCAUGAGUAUGCAGCAAUUUACCUGACGGCGGGGAUGGAAAAUCUUCUGGAAGAAAUUCUGCUGCAGUGUCUGCCCACCGACGCGCAUGUCACGCUCACGGCGACGAUGCUCGAGCAUGCGAUCGCCAACAAUGGUGACCUCUGGGGUCUGCUGCAGCCGUACGCGCACCUGAACGCGGGCAGAAUAGCCUCGGGGGCAUUGGCGAUGCCCCGAUGGGCCAGUGUCAGUUCCUUGAACUCCUCGAACUCCUCAAGAGGCAGUAAGGAUGCGUUGGGAGCAAACUUGGAACCCUCGCUGCUCACUACCUGCGUAGGCUCGAUGACGGAGUUACUGGACCUGGUUGCUAAGGUCGCGCACGCUGGGAAAUGUCCAGUACCGCUGACCAACAAGGCCCUGAAUGCUCUGUUCUACUACAUGAGAUGUUCACAGCUGGAACAUGGGGAGCGAAGUUCAGGAAUCCAGGAACUGGCCUACGAACGAGCAUACGUGGUUCUGCCCCCGUUGAUUGAGUGGCUGAGGGUCUCAACUGCCCAUGCUGAGUAUCGUCACGGCUACGUCGUGGACCAUGACGACAUCAGUCAAGCUGCGAGGCUGCUACUUCCAGGUGUCGACUGCCCAGUGAGACCCAUUUGCUUCGAAGAAGUGACCUUGAGUCGGCGGGCAGACGACAACGAGUACGUGCGCCGAUUAACUCUGGACAUGGCCUUCAAGAUGCUGACCAGUGGUCGCAUUGAGUUGAUCAGCCAGGCGCUGCCCCUUCUGCCCGCGGCGAAAAUCAAUACAGUAAACGACUGCGGGUUUACUGCCCUCAUGCUCGCGUGCAUUGUCAACAAUGAGAUCGCGGUGACUGCCCUCUUGGACGCUGGGGCAGACCCAAAUGUCGAAAGUCCAGUCCCGGUCAAUUCAGUCCCAAUAAAAGGGGCCUGUCCAUCCAGACGACUGUCCAGUCCCAUGUCAGUUAAAAGUAUGUCAUAUCUGCCCACGUCCAGUCCCAGUUCCCAGAACACGAGUGGGCAGUUGGUUAACCAGAGCUUCAAUGCUGAGACCCAGCACUGGACUGCCCUCACAUACACGGCCAUCUUAGGACACUGCAACAUCGCAAGGAUUUUGUUGGAACGAGGGGCAGCCGUUGAAGGUGGUGCCAAAAUUAGUGAGGACAAGUGCACAGUUACGCCCCUGCAAGCUGCGACUGCGACGGGCAGCCAUGAAAUGGUCGCACUGUUACUGGCCCAUGGGGCCCAGCCUUUUCUGUCCACGAUUAUGAAGGACAGCUUCAGCUACUCUGGUGCUGCCCAACGUGGAUGCUACAGUGCGAUCUCUGUGGCGACUGCCCAUGGACAGCGGGGGUGUCUGCACCAGUUGCUGUCCCACCCACUGAAUUUUUCUGCUAAGCGAGAUGAAAAAGAGGUUCUGUCGCUAGAGGAGAUUCUGGCAGAAGGAAAUCCGGGUGUGCCUGCCCAGAUGGACAAGAGGGGGUUCAAGGACAAAGAGCCGGUUUUUAAUAAGGCCCAGAACAAGGCGCUGCAGGAAGCGAUGUACCAUAGUGCGGAGAGCAACCAUCUGGACAUUACCAUGGAGCUGAGGGGUUUGGGGGUCAGUUGGAGCCUCCAUUGCUGGAUGCACAGUCUGGCGACUGCCCAUGAGAUGAGAAUCGAACCGGUCAUUGACCAGCUGCUGCAAGAUUUUCUCCAGGUCUGCCCAGAUGAUUAUUCGAAUCAGUUUGUCCAGGAGUGCUUGCCACUGCUGUUCAAUAUUUUUAGAUACAACAAGAAGGAGGGAACUACUUUACUGCUAGCGGAUAUUUUUUGCAACUGCUUCGGCUGGGAGCCGAUAAAACCGAUUAGAGACACCACGCUGCCCAGUGGGUCACGAAUCGACCCCAAGUUUGUCAACAACCCUGAGCUGAGUGAUGUACAAUUUCGUGUAGAGGGCAGAGUUUUCUAUGGACACAAAAUUGUUCUCAUCACAUCCUCGCCGAGGUUCAGGAACAUGCUCAGUUCUAAGUUGUGUGAGGGAAAUCCGCCGAUUGUCCAGAUCAAUGAUAUAAGAUAUCAUAUUUUUCAGAUGGUAAUGGAAUUUCUGUACCACGGAGGUUGCGCAAGCCUCGAAGUAAAUCAGAGCGAUGUCUUAGAGUUGAUGGCUGCCGCAAAUUUCUUCCAAUUAGACGGAUUAUUGCGCUACUGCGAAGCUCAAUGUUCAUCGAUAAUUGACCUCGACAACAUCGUCUCCAUGUAUAUUCACGCAAAAGUUUACAACGCAAACCAACUGCUUGAAUACUGCCAAGGAUUCAUAUUACAAAAUAUGGUAGCACUGAUGACUUAUGACGACUCUGUAAAACGUUUACUAUUCGCUAAAAAAUUACCAAAUCACGAUGUACUUGCCGGUUUACUUACGACUUUACAAUUGCGAAUUAAAUCACGUAAACAAUAUAAAAAUUAAUUAAAGACUUGAGA